CUCCCCUGAAGCGCCUGCAACCACUCUUCUCGAUUGACAUCGCGGUGGAGAGACCAUCUCGCUCACGCCAUGAGCUGACGAGUGUCCCUGGCUAAACCACGUCGCGUUACAUGCAGUGGUGGUGUUCCAAAACUCUGUUGAGGUGGUCAUCCAAAACUCUGUUGAGGAGGCUGCUUGAAGUGGUCCUUCCGGCAGGAACCGAUUGAUGUCAUCGUCUCGUAGCUAGCCCUGGAAGACCUUGAAGACCUUGAAGACCUUAAAGCAUCGCAACACCCACUCGACAACAUCAGAACACUGCUAGUUCUUGGCCUCGAAGCUUGCACAGAUCGUCUUACUUGGCACCAUGGCUGGAGACCUCAGAUCACAGGAUAUUAAGAACCCAAUUGACGUUGCGGAGUAUCUCUUUCGGCGACUCAAGGAAGUCGGCAUCGAGUCGAUCCACGGUGUUCCUGGCGACUACAACCUCGUUGCCCUCGACUAUAUUCCCAAGACCGGCCUGAAGUGGGUCGGCAACUGCAAUGAGCUCAAUGCAGGCUACGCAGCUGACGGCUACGCGCGCGUGAAGGGCGCCUCUGCUCUCGUCACUACCUUUGGUGUCGGUGAGCUCUCUGCUGUCAACGCAAUUGCAGGAGCGUACUCGGAAUAUGUCCCCAUUGUCCACAUUGUCGGCUACCCCUCAACACUGUCACAGCGUGAUGGCGCUCUUCUACACCACACGCUCGGCAACGGCGACUUCACCGUCUUCUCCAGGAUGUCCAAGGAGAUCUCCUGUGCUGUUUCCAUGUUGAACCACAUCCACGAGGCAGCUACACUCAUCGACAACGCCAUCCGGGAAUGCAUCCUUCAAUCGAGACCAGUGUACAUCUCCCUUCCCACCGACAUGGUACAGAAGAAGGUGGACGGCGACAGGCUCAACACCCCACUCGACCUCAACCACCCGCCGAACGAGCAAGAGCGCGAAGACUACGUUGUAGACGUCGUCUUGAAGAGCCUCCACGCCGCGAAGAACCCCGUGAUCCUGGUCGACGCCUGCGCCAUCCGCCACCGCGCGCUCAAGGAGACCCACGACCUGAUCAAGAAGUCUGGACUCCCCACCUUCGUCGCGCCAAUGGGCAAAGGUGCCGUCGACGAAACACUCCCCAACUUUGGCGGCGUCUAUGCGGGCGACGGCAGUAAUAAAGGCGUGCGCGAGCGCGUCGAGUCAUCUGAUCUCGUCCUCUGCAUCGGCGCGAUAAAAUCCGACUUCAACACCGCAGGCUUCACCAUCCGGCAAUCGCAGCUCAACACCAUCGACUUCCACAGCUACGGCGUCAAGGUCCGAUACUCCGAGUACCCCGGUGUGCGCAUGAACGGCGUGCUGGCCAAAGUCACGCAAAAGCUAGGCAACCUCAACAUCGAAGCAGGACCCGACCCAAACAACGACAUCCCCAGCGCGGAGCUCACUUCCCCGGAACCAACAAUCACACACGCCUGGUUCUGGCCGCGCCUGGGCCAGUUCCUGCAAGCCAGCGACAUUGUCAUCACCGAGACGGGGACCUCCAACUUCGGCAUCUGGGAGACGCGGUUCCCCGCGCGCGUCAACGCCAUCAGCCAAGUGCUGUGGGGCAGCAUCGGGUACGCGACGGGUGCGUGCCAGGGCGCCGCGCUCGCCGCGCGCGAAAACGGGGUGAAGCGCACCAUCCUGUUCACCGGCGACGGCAGCUUCCAGCUCACCGCGCAGGAGGUAAGCACUAUGAUCAGGCAUAAGCUCAACCCCCUCAUCUUCGUCAUCUGCAACAAGGGGUAUACCAUUGAGCGCCUGAUCCACGGCUGGGAAGACAGCUACAACGACGUCCAGGAGUGGAAGUACAAGGACCUGCCCGACGUGUUCGGCGCGCCAAAGGGCUCCGUCCUGACGUACAGGGUCGACAGCAAGCAGCAGGUCGAAGAGCUGUUCAACAACGACGAGUUCAGCAGCGGCGACACGCAGAAGAUGAGGUUCGUCGAGCUGGUUAUGCCGUGGGAUGAUGCACCGGCUGCGCUCAAGGGCGUUGCCGAGGCGGCGGCUAGGAAGAAUGCCCAGGCCGAGUAGGAGAGACUUGGUUGUUUGAUCAUGUGAUGAUGACCUGUUAGACUCUCUUCUCACUUCUGAAUGCUAGCGUUAGUCAAUAUGAUGAUACCAAACCCUAUUGGAAACGGGAGCAAAUCGGCAUCCCAAGCAUAUUGCAGUUGA